AAUGCAUGCUGGGUAGUGUCAUGGCGGGACACACUUUCAUGUGAAAGCGCACACAACUUUACGUGGGUGUAUCGUAUUUUAUUGGGAAACGUCUUUAUUCAGAUUUAUAUUGUUAUCCAUCGUCUAAGCCAGAAACAUGGCUUCCACUGCAGCAGGCAAACAGAGGAUACCGAAAGUGGCGAAGGUGAAAAAUAAAGCCCCCGCUGAAGUGCAGAUCACUGCUGAGCAACUGCUCAGGGAAGCUAAAGAGAGAGAACUCGAACUUUUGCCACCUCCACCAAAACAGAAGAUCACAGAUGAGGAGGAGUUAAAUGAUUACAAAUUGAAGAAACGGAAGGGAUUUGAAGAUAACAUUAGAAAGAAUCGCACAGUCAUCAGCAACUGGAUCAAAUACGCACAAUGGGAAGAAAGCUUGAAAGAAGUACAGAGGGCUCGUUCUAUAUACGAGCGCGCUCUGGAUGUAGACCACCGGAACAUCGCUCUCUGGCUGAAAUAUGCCGAGAUGGAGAUGAAGAACAGACAGGUGAACCAUGCCCGCAACAUCUGGGACCGAGCCAUCACCAUCCUGCCCCGUGUCAACCAGUUUUGGUACAAGUACAGUUACAUGGAGGAGAUGCUGGGCAACAUCGCCGGUUGCAGGCAGGUGUUUGAGCGCUGGAUGGAGUGGGAGCCGGAGGAGCAAGCCUGGCACUCCUACAUCAACUUUGAGCUGCGCUACAAGGAGGUGGAGAAGGCCCGGUCAACCUACGAGAGAUUUGUGCUCGUCCAUCCCGAUGUGAAGAACUGGAUUAAGUACGCCCGCUUCGAAGAGAAGCACGGCUACGUCGCCCACGGCCGGAAAGUUUUCGAGAGGUCUGUGGAGUUCUUCGGAGAGGAGCACGUCGACGAGAACCUCUUUGUGGCCUUCGCCCGCUUCGAAGAGAAACAAAAAGAGUUCGAGCGGGUUCGAGUCAUCUACAAGUACGCCCUCGACCGGAUCCCCAAGCAGCAAGCCCAGGAGCUUUUCAAGAGCUACACCGUGUUUGAGAAGAAGUACGGAGACCGGAGGGGGAUCGAGGAUGUCAUUGUCAGCAAGAGGAGGUUCCAGUAUGAGGAGGAGGUCAAGGCCAAUCCACACAACUACGACGCUUGGUUUGACUACCUGCGUCUGGUGGAAAGCGACGCCGAUCCCGAAACCGCCAGAGACGUGUAUGAGCGGGCCAUCGCCAACAUCCCACCCAUACAGGAGAAGAGGCACUGGCGGCGAUACAUUUACCUGUGGAUAAACUACGCGCUGUAUGAGGAACUGGAGGUCAAGGAUCCAGAGAGAACCAGGCAGGUGUACCAGGCAUGCCUGGAUCUCAUCCCUCAUAAAAAGUUCACAUUUGCCAAGAUGUGGCUCCUCUACAGCCAGUUUGAGAUCCGUCAGAAGAACCUGCAGGCAGCCAGAAGAGGCCUGGGCGCAGCCAUCGGCAAGUGCCCCAAGAACAAACUGUUCAAGGGCUACAUCGAGCUGGAGCUGCAGUUGCGGGAGUUCGACCGCUGCAGGAAGCUGUACGAGAAGUACCUGGAGUUUGCCCCGGAGAACUGCACCACCUGGAUCAAGUUCUCGGAGCUGGAGACCAUCUUGGGCGACACGGAGAGGGCCCGCGCCAUCUUCGAGCUCGCCAUCGGACAGCCGCGCCUCGACAUGCCCGAGGUGCUGUGGAAGUCCUACAUUGACUUUGAGAUUGAGCAAGAAGAGUACAACAAUACCAGAGGGCUGUACAAGAGACUGCUGCAGCGCACGCAGCACGUCAAGGUCUGGAUCAGCUACGCCCAGUACGAGCUGUCCAUCGACAGCCCCGACCGGCUGCAGAGGUGCCGGCAGAUCUUCGAGGAGGCCAACAAGGGCCUGCGCAGCUGCGAGGAGAAGGAGGAGCGGCUGAUGCUGCUGGAGUCCUGGAGGGAGUUUGAGCAGGAGUUUGGCUCCGACAGCACCAGGGAGCGGGUGAUGAAACUGCUGCCGGAGAAGGUGAAGAAGAGGAGGAAGCUGACCGCCGAGGACGGGUCCGACGCAGGCUGGGAGGAAUACUAUGACUACAUCUUCCCAGAGGACUCGGCCAAUCAGCCCAACCUCAAGCUGCUCGCUAUGGCCAAGAUGUGGAAGAAGCAGCAGGUGGAUUUGGAUGAGGAUAAGGAGGAGGACAUGGAGGAGGAGGAAGAGGGAGGAGAAGAGAAGGGGAAAGAUGAAGAGGAGGAGUCAGAGAGAUCAGGGGAGGAGUCAGAGAGAUCAGGGGAGGGGCCAGAGAGAUCAGGGGAGGGGCCAGAGACUUCAGGGAAGGGGCCAGAGACAUCAGAGGAGGGGCCAGACAGAUCAGAGGAGGGGCCAGACAGAUCAGGGGAGGGGCCAGAGAGAUCAGGGGAGAGGCCAGAGAGAUCAGGGGAGGAGUCAAAGACGUCAGGGGAGGGUCCAGAGCGAUCGAAAGAGGGUACCGCAUCAGACAAGCCUCCUAGCCAUGAGCCACCCAAUCAUAAGCCAGCUCCAGAGAAACCUCCCCAGAAGGGCUCAUUUGAUGACAAAGAUGAUAGCAGCAGCAGCAGCAGUAGUAGCAACAGCAGCAGUGAUAGUGAUAGUGGGAGCAGCAGCAGUAGUAGCAGCAGUGAGAGUGAGGAUGAUGAUGCUGCUGCUAAGAAACAGCCCAAGAAAAGGAAGAAGGAUUCUGACUGAAUUCAGCACACUUCCAUUUCCUUUACCGUAUGGCAGGUGGCCGUAUCCUGGGGUGGGGACGUCGUCCUUGGUUCCAUUUCUAUUGCUUUUCUAAUAAAAUCCCAAAACCAAGGUUGUUGUUCACACGUGUUGUUUCGUGCCCUUGUUUCAUUUGUUGGAAUCAUGUAACUGUAAAUACAUCAAACAACAAGAUGA